AUGUAUAACACACAUCGCGGGAUGGUGCCCGCCCCCAACUCUCGUCUGACGGAGUUGCUGGAUCAACUGCGCCAGGAGUUCGAGACCCAAACACGAAGCACCGGUGAAUUCGAGCACCAGUUAACCGGGCAGCUCCAAGAGAUGGAGAUGAUCCGCCAGAAGGUGUAUCAGCUGGAGCAAACCCAGAUCAAGAUGAAGCAGGACUACGAAACCGAGAUCCGCAUGUUACGACACGAGCUCGAGUCGCGCGGUGUGCAACCGGUCGCCUCUCACAUUGCGCCCGCUCAGCACACGGGCCCCCAGGCGCAGCCGCCUUCUCUGGGCCACGGCCCCAGCAACUUGUUCGGUGGCAUCAUGGCCAAUCAAGGAGGUAGUGGUCCCGGUCUUGCCCCUCCCCCGUCCCAGGAUCAGCAGCAUUCCCAGCAUACCCUUCAACAGCCUGCCUCGGCCACCCAGCCCGGCUACGGUCCCCCUCCCCCUCCUACCGCAUCUCCUGGUCCUGGUAAAGGCCGUCGCGCUGCCCCUGGCCCGGCCACUCCUCAGCAGACUCAGCUUGCCUACCCGGAUCCCCGCGCCUCGCCUCAAAUCCCUCGACCCACGCCGCCGAACCAGUCUUCGCUCGUUCGCACCGAGCGCAUCGGUAACAUGCUCGCGAAUUGGAACCCCGAGGACCUGCCCGCGUCACAGAAGCGCGAGGGUCCCGAUUGGUAUGCCGUUUUUAACCCAGAGGUACAACGUGUGCUGGACGUUGAGUUGGUGCAUCACCUCAACCACGACAGCGUGGUGUGUUGUGUUCGCUUCAGUCGUGACGGCAAGUAUCUGGCCACGGGUUGCAAUCGCUCUGCUCAAAUCUUCGAUGUGAACACCGGUCAGAAUGUCGCGACACUACAGGAUGAGAAUGUCGACAAGGAUGGUGAUCUUUAUAUCCGCAGCGUUUGCUUCAGCCCCGACGGCAAGUACCUGGCUACGGGUGCUGAGGACAAGCAGAUUCGAGUCUGGGAUAUUGCCAAUCGCUCUAUCAAGCACAUUUUCUCCGGCCACGAGCAAGACAUUUACUCCCUCGAUUUCGCCGGCAACGGUCGCUACAUUGCCUCUGGCAGUGGAGACAAGACCGUGCGUCUCUGGGACAUCCUGGACGGGAAGCUCGUCUACACCCUCAGCAUCGAAGACGGAGUCACCACGGUCGCCAUGUCUCCCGAUGGCCACUACGUCGCAGCCGGAUCGCUUGACAAGAGCGUGCGAGUCUGGGAUACCACCACGGGAUACCUGGUGGAGCGACUGGAGAAUCCUGACGGUCACAAGGACAGUGUUUACUCAGUUGCCUUUGCACCCAACGGCCGCGACCUGGUCAGUGGCAGUCUCGACAAGACCAUCAAGCUGUGGGAGCUCACCGUCCCGCGGGGCAUGCACCCACACAGCGGCGUCAAGGGCGGCAAGUGCGUUCGGACAUUCGAGGGCCACAAGGACUUUGUGCUCAGUGUAUGCCUGACCCCCGAUGGCCAGUGGGUGAUGAGUGGUUCGAAGGACCGCGGUGUCCAAUUCUGGGAUCCCGUUACUGGCAACGCUCAGAUGAUGCUCCAGGGCCACAAGAAUUCCGUUAUCUCGGUCGCUCCCGCUCCCACCGGCAAUCUUUUCGCAACCGGCAGUGGAGAUAUGCGUGCUCGGAUCUGGCGAUACUCAAACUACUCUGGACGGUAA